AUGGAGUCAACCGGCAUAGGAAGCCUCCCUCGCGAGCUUAUCGGCAACAUUGCGGGUAACCUCAAUGUCAAGGACAUGUCUAACUUCUCCAAGACCAACGCCGGCAUAAACAGUGCCAUCCAACACCAGCUCAAAGAGACGGCCAGAAACCGCGCCUUCACCUCUGAAGAGUACUAUGAACAUGCCAUUAUCCUCGAAAGCGGCAAGCUGGUUCUCGACCAGAACAUGGUGUUCAAUGGCCCCCCUGAACCCAUCGUUACAGCAAUCGCGAAGGACAAAGCUAGUAAGGUGGAGGGCUAUUUGGACGCGGGCAUUGAUGUCAACGCAUACUCGAUCCACGGUGAGAGGCUCCUGUAUAUCGCGGCGGGAUAUGGGGCCAACCAGGUAAUCCAGCUCUUGCUGAGCAGAGGAGCGAAUAUUAACCUGUUCAACAUUGCGUCCCAGAACACUCCGGUGGUCAUGGCAGCGUAUAACCAUGACGACGAGCUCGUCCGCACCCUAAUCGAAGCCGGCGCGGACGUGAACGCCCCCAACGUGGUCUCCUUUAUAGUCCAGAACUGCAACCUCGAAACCCUCUCGUUCGCCAUCGGCCACGGAGCGAGGCUUGAGGAAACUAACAAUAAUGGCACUCGCUUCAGCACCCGUGGAGUCCCCCUCCUCCACGACGCGGCCAUGAAUCCUUCCACGCGCGUUUUAAAUUUCAUCAUGGACCUUUUCCCGAAUACUCUCAACGCCACCGAAGAAACCCACGGCCGCAACGCGCUCUGGGCUGCCGCUCAGGCCGAAAAUACUGCCGCUGUCCGUCUUCUCAUCGCCGCGGGAAUCAACAUCAACCAUCUCAACAACAACCACGAAACCAUCCUCCACGGGGCUCUGGAGUGUAUGAUGCACACUAACAUCCCGCGCAUGUUGCUGGAGAGCGGCAUCCUUAUCGGAGUCCGUGGCCGGGCUGGCAUGACUGAAUUGCACUACGCGGCGUAUUAUGGUGCUGCGAGUAUGGUUAGAAUGCUCCUUGCCGAGGACAUGUGUGCUAACUCUCGUGAUGCACAUAGAAGGACGCCGUUGCAUUUGGCUGCACGGAGGGGUCAUAUCGCUGCCGCGGAUGUCCUUACUAAAUGGGGAGAUGCGCAGUUGAACUGUACGGAUGCGGUGGGUAGAACCCCGAAGGAUGUUGCGUUGGCGAGGGGACACAUUGAAUUUGCUGACUAUAUCGAACUCAAGUUGCAGGAGCUGGCCAUGCCGUCGUAG